GCUAAUUCCACAAAUAAGGUCCCGGUAAUUAAACAAAUUCUGUAAAAAGACAGAUUUGCGAGAGUGAUUUGGUUUAUUUCUGCAGUCGUGUCUGUAAUUUCGUGUAAUACUCGAAAAAAAAAACGUAGAACAAAGCUGUUCUACGGUCGUUAUCAAUAAAGUGUGCUGUUGCUUGUUCGAGCAGGGAAUUGUCAUCGCGAGUUUUUUUUCGCGUCUCAGUUUAGAUUUUUGAUACCAGCGCGAAACAACCCCGUAAUUUUCUCUGAUGUUUCGCGCGAUCUCUUGUGGAAAUAACACGCUUAAUAAAAGCGGAGUUGUCUAGAUGAUCAUAUUGUUUAAUUCUGGAUCUGUUUUGCCAUUGCAAGUUGCUUUUUGAUUGUACAAAUUGUCUGAUCAAAGGACCGAAAGCAUCGCAUCCGUAUCCGAGUUCCCGCUUGUAUCAGUUAUCGCGUGUAUUCAGGCUCUACGAAGGCCAAGUUACACCUUUAAAGCGCUCGGACCAUAACUGGUUACCGCGCCACCGUAAGCGUAAUUAUCACACUGGAGAAGCAAAAUAGACGCGUGCAGCUUAUCCGGGAUAAAAUGGUGUUGGCCGAGCGCAACACCACGGAGUUGGCACGCAAUGGGCGUCGUUCACGCGGCCCUAGUCCCAAUACUCAUGCAGGUGGUGGAGGCACAGUCAAUGUGAAUAGUACUGGUGGUGGUGCAAGCAGCGGCGCUAGCAGUGUAGGUGGGAACUCGACAAAUGUCACAGCAAAUGAGAAGGCCAGCAAUGUCACAACGACCGUACCGGGUGCGGGCACACCGGAGAGCUCAGACGAUGAUAACUCAACGAAACGUAACGGGAAAUCAAAGGCUAAACAAUCCGAGUAUGAAGAAAAGAUUCGCGUUGGCCGUGAUUAUCAAGCGGUGUGUCCACCGCUCAUACCUGAAGUAGAACGUCGCCCUGAGCUUAUGAAUGAGCGCGCUUUGUUGGUCUGGUCGCCUACUAAAGAGAUACCGGACAUGAAACUGGAAGAAUAUAUUUCUGUGGCCAAAGAAAAGUACGGCUACAAUGGUGAGCAGGCAUUAGGAAUGUUAUUUUGGCACAAACAUGAUCUUGAACGUGCUGUCAUGGAUUUGGCUAACUUCACACCGUUUCCCGAUGAGUGGACUAUGGAGGAUAAGGUUUUAUUCGAACAAGCAUUUCAAUUCCAUGGGAAAAGCUUUCAUCGCAUACGCCAGAUGCUGCCAGACAAAUCAAUUGCCAGCCUGGUCAAAUACUACUACUCGUGGAAAAAAACGCGCCACCGUAGUAGUGCCAUGGAUCGCCAGGAGAAGCCUAUUAAAACAGCAGUAAAAGAUGGCUCCGAGAAUGGCAGCGAAGUGGGCAGUAAUGAAGAAUCUGAUAACGAUGACAAGAAGGUGCCAAACAGCAACAACAAUCACAUCAACACGAACACCACCACCACCAACAACAACAACAAUGCUGUUCCUGGACUAUUACCUGUAAAUCAUAACAAUGAAGCUAAUUUGACUGCAGCCUCUACAAUCAUCAACAAUAACAACAACAGCCAUAGCUAUGCAGCUGACAAUGACAACAAUGUGAUGAACAAUAGCAACAACCAUCAUGUCAAGAAAAGCAAUAAUGUAAAUGACAUGGACGUUGAUCGAUUAUGCAUAUAUAGCAAUGCCAACAAUGAUGAAAUGCUCGGCUUUGGUCUGCCCGGCAGUGUUGGUUACCCUACCACCGGUGAGAUGGCAGCUACUACAACAACAGCAACUAAUGGCGAUGCCAAUGGUGAUGCCAACGACGGCGGUCAAGCACGUGUGGUUGUGGGCGGUUUUUGUAAGAAUUGCAACGUCGUCUGUUACAUUUUAUUUGAUUCCCCGCUGGGACGAAUGUGUAAAAGUUGUCACACACACUGGAGCCGCACAGGCAUUCGCCGUCCUAUUUCUGGGCCGGAGUGCAUUGUGCCCAAGCGUUCCACAAACAACAAUGCCGCAGCAGCGGCCGCCGAUCGUUCCAAGCGCAAGCCCCCAAAGGGCAUGUAUAUCAAUCAUGACGAUAUCACCGCAUUGGCAAGUUGCAAAAAUCCUUCUGAAUAUCUUGCCGAAGGCGAUCGGAAAAUUGCAUCCCUCAUGGCCGACAUACAAAAGAAUAAACAAAUCAUGGAACAGUUGGAAAAGGAUUGCGAAGCCAUUAACAUUGAGGAUGCCGCCAAUGCUGGUAAACCAGGGGCCAGUCCCGAAAUAGCUCAGCCGCGUAUUUCGGCACGUUGGACACAAGAUGAGAUACAGAUGGCUAUUUUGGCUUUACGCGACUAUGGCAAAAACUAUGCAAUGAUAGCCAAAGUGGUGUUGACCAAGACGGAGGCACAUGUACGUAAUUUCUAUCUGCACAACCGUCGUCGGCUCAAUCUUGAUCAGAUUGUUAAGGAGCAUGAGGCCUUAAUGGCCUGUAAAGUAGAUCAAGUAGGUGGAAAUGGAUGUGGCGAGGAACCCGCUGAUGGCAGCGACGUUGUAUUGGUAGAUGGAACACCUGCUAUCAAAACCAGCGCUGACGAAAGCAAUAACAGAUCUAGCCAAGAGCAAAAAAAGGAUGAGUUUCUUUCGAAAAAGACCAAGGAAGUGACGGCUGCUAUAAAGGACACCGAGAAUGACACAGUUGUUUCCGCUGUAGCUGUUGGAAGCCCAACGACAAUACCUACUUCGAGCAGUGCAACGGACGCUAACAUUGCUGCUAAUUCCAGUCCUGUCAUUGGGAAGAGCAGCAAACUGGUAGUAUUGACACCAUCUACCACUUUUACCAUUGUGGAUGAAUCUGACACUACUACGAACUCGAGCAGCGAUGCAGCAAUAAGCAAUAGCAUCAACAAUGCUCCUGGCACAUUAUCGUCAUUGUCCUCCUCCAGCGUUAGCGUUGCUGGCAAAUCUUCACCUAGUAAUCGCAGCAGCGAACGUGACAGUGAGGAGUCAUUUCCAAUAAAAUCCGGUGUGGGUGGUGCCAAGCGCGAUAGCUCCGUUUUGCAAAACACCGAGAAGUCAGCAGCCAAAAAAAUUGCGAUCAGUUCCGAAUUCUAUGAAAAGUAAGGCAAAGCUAUAGCCUAUACGUAAUUCAAUACUUUGCGUCAUAUACAUAUACUAUAUAUGCAUGAGCUGCAUAUGUAAAGCAUGUUACGUCUCAAAUUGAUAAAAACCUGGCGCUUAGUUGUGGAUUUGCAUAAAGGCUGGUCAAAUUUAAUUGCAUUUCUCAGUUGUCUUAUAUAAGCCGAUCAGCCUUGGGGUAAUACCCCAGGGUUCUCUGAUCAGAUUUUUUUUUUCUUUUGUAAGAACACAUAAACAAGAAUCACUUAAUAAAAACAGAGCCUUAAAGACGUUAUAAUAAAUUAGUUUGAUAUGUAUAGCAAUGAAGUGUAUUUUAUUAUUGAUACAUAUUCAGUUUUCAGUUUAAUUUUCCUUAAAAAAUGUCGUAUUAUCAAUAUUACAUCACGGUUAUAAACAUAUUUCUGGCCUGUGCGUAUAACAUAAAAUUAAUUUUAUAGAUUUGGUAAAAUAUUGCGGCAAAAACAUUAUGUUGGAUGCUGGCAAACAUACUAAAAAAUAUAAUUAAUUGAAAAAAACAUAUUUAGCGAGAAUGUAAUGUAAGGAAAAAAAUAAUUUGUAUCUAAACAUGUAAACGUAAAUGUUACAAACCCUAAUUGUUUUUACGUUGUAAUUGAGCAUAUAAGUAAAAUAGUUGGGAACAUGGAAUGUUACUGCGCCGCCCAUUUGCUUAAGAUAACAUAAUAUGAACUAUAUAACUAUAUACGAGGGUAAUCCGAAAUGUUUUUAGCCUAAGUAUGAUACAACAAUUUAAGUCAACACACUUUUCCCGGCGAUACACCAUCCUCUUCAACACCUCCAAAGAGUAUUCGCCGUCCUGAAUUCAAAAUGGUUGCUUUUGAUAAUAACUUCUAUCCCCCAAGCGCAAACUAGAGACACCAAAUUUUUAAGAAAAAGAAAACUAUAUCCAUAAAUGGUGUCUCUGAUCAAGCUCUGCAUGCAGCUGUUGUUUUUGCAUUUGUAUUUCAAUUGUGGUAAUUUAAAAAAAAUUUUAUAAUUAUUCUACACAUAGGUACACUGAUUUUAUUUGCGUAAGCGCAUUGCACAUCAAAACAAAUAUCUCAUGAUCGCCCGAUAUUCAACUUUUUCCACUUUUACAGAAGGUUGUUAACGGCUUAGUCGAUUGUUGAAUUAUAAUAUCAAAACGGCUAAAAAUGUUGGCAAGAACAUAUUAAACGAUGCCUUAUCACAAUACCACAGUUUGAUUAAUUUAUGUAGGAGGUUGUCUUCAUGUCCCGACUAGAAAGAUUUCGGAUUGGCUUUGUAUAAAGUUGAAUUCUUGAGCGGCAAAAUUUGAGUUGUGACGUUUCUUAUUUAUUCAAGUUUGUUUUUAAAGAAAAGUUAUCUUUUAAUGAAGAUUUCAUUUCUUGCAGAAUAUAAACAUACAUACAUUAAAUAAAUGCUAAGAUCUGCUUAAA